AUGAUCAUGAUGAUGAUGAUAGGUAACUAUAGUCAACUAUGCUGCGGCAACUUUCGUAUCAACCAUUGCUGCACAAAGAGAGCAGCUCGAACAGGGAUGUACCACGCCCUCACCGAAGUCCUGGCAGAAGCGUAUACACAAAGUGCGUAUCGUCUGAGGACUGCGCGUGAAGUGUUUCUUCGCCCUGAACCGCCGUAUUCCUCGGGGUCCGUUUGCGAGGGCAUGUUAAUGUUGCCGCAAAGGCGGAGAGGCGACCAUAAGUGCAAUAGCCAAUCGAUGCAGUACGCGAGACUGGGCGGACAAUGGCGGUUUAAACAAAUAGAAGACCCGCGCGGCGCGCCUCCAACGAUGCGU